CUCCAGCCGUUGGCCCCUCCCACCCGACGCGUCGCUUCACCCCCAGUCCUCGGGGCGGGAGCUGACCCCAGUCGCCGCCUGGCCCUGCUCCGUGGGUGUUUGGCCCACGCGCGCUGAGUGCUGAAGUCUGCGAGGGACUGGCAGCCCGUGGGCGAUGGGGGACGCGCCGGGGACGACGGAGGAUGGGCCGCGGGGUCCCCGCGUCUACGCGCGCCGCUGGGUCUUCCUGCUGGUGGUCAGCCUGCUGAGCUGCUCCAACGCCAUGCUGUGGCUGAGCUUUGCACCUGUGGCAGACACCAUCGCCCAACACUUCUUCCUGUCCAUGGACCAGAUCAACUGGCUGUCGCUGAUCUACCUUGUGGUGUCCAUUCCAUUCGGCAUUGUAGCCAUCUGGGUUCUGGACUCUGUGGGACUCCGAGGGGCUACCAUCCUGGGUGCAUGGCUGAACUUCGCUGGGAGUAUGCUGCGCUUCCUGCCCUGUGUGGUUGUCAGGGUUCCUGACCCAUUUGCCUUCUUCAUGAGCGGCCAGAGCCUCUGUGCUCUGGCUCAGACCCUGGUAGUCUUCUCUCCAGCCAAGCUGGCUGCCUUGUGGUUUCCAGAGCACCAGCGAGCCACAGCCAACAUGAUCGGCACCAUGUCAAACCCUUUGGGAAUCCUUGUGACCAAUGUGCUCUCACCUGCCCUGGUCAAGAAGGCAGAGGACAUCCCAAUGAUGCUUGGUAUCUACAUUGCACCUGCAGCUCUUGCCUGCCUGCUAGCCACCACCUGCCUCUGGGAGAGUGUGCCUCCUACCCCACCCUCUGCAGGAGCCAUCAGCUCCACCUCGGAGAAUUUCCUGCAUGGGCUCAAGCUGCUGGUACGGAACAAGGCCUACGUCAUCCUGGCCGUGUGCUUUGGGGGCGGCAUUGGGAUCUUCUCCAGCUUUUCGGCUCUCUUGGAGCAGAUCCUCUGUGCCAAUGGCUACUCCAAUGAGUUUUCUGGUCUCUGUGGGGCUCUCUUCAUCAUGUUUGGGAUCCUGGGUGCACUGGCUCUUGGCCUGUAUGUGGAUCGAACUAAACACUUCACUGAGGCCACCAAGAUAGGCCUCUGCCUGACCUCCCUGGCAUGUGUGUCCUUUGCCCUGGUGUCCCGGCUACAAGGACAGACCCUUGCGCUGGCUGCUAUCUGCUCCCUUCUUGGGCUCUUUGGCUUCUCAGUGGCACCGGUGGCCAUGGAGCUGGCCAUUGAGUGCUCAUUUCCUGUUGGUGAGGGUGCAGCAGCAGGCCUGGUCUUUGUCCUGGGGCAGGCCGAGGGUGUACUCAUUAUGGUGCUGCUGACGGCAUUGGCCGUGCGACAGACAGAACCGUCCUUUUCCACCUGCCGGCAGGGUGAGGAUCCAUUGGACUGGACAGUGUCCCUGCUGCUGCUGGCUGGCUUGUGCACCUUCUUCACCUGUGUACUGGUGCUCUUUUUCCACACUCCGUACCGGCGCCUGCAGGCUGAAUCUGAAGGGCCCCCUCUAUCCAAGACAUGCACUGGGGAGCUGAAUACCACAAGCCCCACUCCAGUACCCCUGGAGUCUCCCAGCUUGGCACCCCCAGCUGAGACCCUGCAGGAAGCUCCUGGCCCUCCCCCAACUCUCAGAACUAGUAGACUAUAACAGCAGACAUGUCCUGAAGGGGAGGUGAGACUGGCAGCUUGGAUCACCCUGGCUGGGCCAACCAUGCUGUCAGCCCCGACAGGGACUCAGGUUCCUUGGCACAUCCAGAGCAUGGCAAGAUACCCCUUUGGCCACCAAGGCCAGACCGUGUGGCUGGAGCAAGAGAAGCUGCUGCUAUGUGGACAAUGACCAGGAAAGAUGGACCUUGGCCAGACCAGACCCAGGGUGGCCACUGCAGGGAGGGCCCAUGCAGGGGCAGCUUGAUGAGCAGGGGCAACCUGAAAUGAGGAGGAGGGGCUGAAGGGGAAACUGCACAGGCUGGAAGUCCUGAGGGCCACAGCAUGGCCAGUAUGGGGUGGACAGGUGUGGGAGGACCUUGCCAGGAACCUGUCCUAGAGUUUCUCCACUCUGCUCACUAUGGAGUGACCAGACCUAGAGCCUGGUUCGAGGGCAAUGCUGAGGCAGCGGGCCAGGAUGGGCUGCAGGGGAGCAGAAGGGCCCGAGGCGGAUGCAUGAAUUCCCCCAGCGGACACUUGGAGGCAGGUUUGUGGGUUCAUGUUUAUUGAACUGGCCGUAGCCCAAGGGGCAGGAGGCUCACUCCUUUUCUUCUCCAUGGGUAAGCACAUAGCUCAGUACAUGUUGCCCGCUCGUCGUCGAUGGAGGUGAUCUCCAGCGUCUGGUUCACCUAAAAGCAAGUGGAUUGGUCGGGUAUUUGGGAGUGAAGUUAGGCGGGAGGGGGAAGUGAAAAGGUCCCUGGGUCUCCA